UGAUGGAACCCGUGUAUACGUGGUAGCCGCUGCAAGAAAUACUUUCUCAAUGUAAUAGUUAAGAAAAGUUUUGUUGUUCAUAUAAACAAUCAUGCUGGACUUUGCCAUUUUUGCCGUUACCUUUGUUAUAAUUUUAGUUGGGGCGGUUUUGUAUCUAUAUCCAUCGUCAAGACGUGUGUCUGGAAUACCGGGUCUCAGCCCAACAGAGGAAAAGGAUGGGAACCUCCAAGAUAUUGUAAACAGAGGCAGUCUACAUGAGUUCCUGGACAGUCUGCACGACCAGUUUGGCCCUGUGGCCUCCUUUUGGUUCGGGGGUCGUCCUGUCGUCAGUUUGGCAGCAGUGGAACAGCUCAAGCAGCACAUGAACCCAAACAGGACCACGGACACUUUUGAAACCAUGCUGAAGUCGUUGCUGGGAUACCAGUCAGGAGGUGGGGGGGCCAGUGAGGCGGUGCUACGGAAAAAGGUGUAUGAGAACGCCAUCAACCACACGCUGAAGAACAACUUCUCAACGUUGCCCAAGCUGGUGGAGGAGUUAGUGGGGAAGUGGCAGUCGUUCCCUGAAGGGCAGCAAACCCCCGUCUGUGGCCACCUCCUGGGGCUGGCCGUGAAGGCCAUCCCUCCCCUCGCUCUGGGGGAGCGCUUCAGAGAUGAUGCUGAGGUCAUCCGCUUCCGCAAGAACCACGACGCAGUGUGGUCAGAGAUCGGUAAAGGCUACUUGGAUGGUUCCCUGGAGAGAAGUACCAGCAAGAGAGGACACUAUCAGAGUGCACGAGCUGAAAUGGAGUCUGUGCUUUUGUCCGUUGCCCGGGAGAGGAAGGCCCAGAGCAGCCAGGAUGUGUUCAUGGACAGCCUUCUCCAGUCCAGCCUCACAGACACACAGAUCAUGGAGGACAGCAUGGUGUUCACUCUAGCUGGAAGUGUCAUCACCGCUAACUUGUGCAUCUGGGCUGUCCAUUUCCUGUCUGCUUCAGAGGAAAUCCAGGACAAGUUGUAUAAUGAGUUUAAUGAUGUGCUGGGAUCUGGACCUGUUUCCCUGGACAAGAUUCCUCAACUCAGGUACUGCCAACAGGUUCUGAAUGAGACCGUGAGGACCGCCAAACUGACGCCCAUAGCAGCUAGACUGCAGGAAGUGGAGGGGAAAGUGGAUGAACAUGUGAUUCCUAAAGAGACUCUUGUGAUCUACGCUCUGGGAGUGGUUCUGAAAGAUGCUGACACUUGGAGCAUUCCUUACAGGUUCGACCCAGACCGGUUUAGCGAUGAAUCGACCGCGAAAAGCUUCUCUUUACUUGGGUUUUCUGGAAAUCAGGCUUGUCCUGAGCUUAGGGUCGCCUACACUGUAGCAACUGUCUUCCUGAGCAGUUUGCUACGCCAGCUGAAACUACACAGAGUCGGGGGCCAGGCGGUAGAGUCCAAGUUCGAACUGGUGUCUACUCCUAAAAAUGAUAUCUGGAUAACCGUGACCAAGAGAUUAUCAAAUGUGACCCCUGAAAUCCACUGAUACAUGAGGAAUAGAGUCAGAGGUUGAUAUAAGCUCAAGUGUGUGAUGUACUAUUUGUCCACGGUUUAAUGUGUGGGCUAUGACCUGUGAUAUGGUAAAUUAACCUACGCAUUGAUCAACUCAGUUAAAAUGUUAUAGGCCCAUCUGCACACUAUCAGACUUAUUGCACUAACGUUCCAGGUGGACUGCUGUUAUAAAACCGCUAUUGAAUGUUGUCAAUGGUAUUUUGCUAACUAUUCACUUGAACACCGCAGUCAAAUUGAAAAGAAAAAAUAAUGCAA